AUGCCAACAGCCUCUGAAAUUACCAGGAAAGAGUAUUGCAAAUUUCAUAAUUCGUGGAGACAUUCCACUAAUAAUUGUGUAAUUUUUCGCAAUAUUUUGCAUAAAGCAAUUGAAUAUGGCAGGUUGAAGUUUUCAGAAAAGUCAGAAGUGAUAGGUGUUAAUGGAAAUCCUUUCCCCAAGGUUGUUGCAACAAAUGUCACUUCUUUGGACUCAGAACACCCUAGGAAAAAGGUGGACUUGGUAGAUCCAGUGGCCAAUAGAAAAAUAAAAAAUCCAAAAGAAGCAACACCUAUGGAAAAAACAGUGGCUGAGUUAGAAAGGCAGCUCCAAGAGGCUCAGAUUGCCUUAUUCCAGCAAGGUUGUUGCCCUAAAUGUAAAGUUCAGAGUGAAGGAUGCCACAUAGACUUUCCAAAAGAGAAGUAG